AUGUAUGUCGCCAAGCAGCGCACGUCACGGAGCAAGAGAACUGCCAAAAAACCAAUUCCGGACAAGAUCGGGUCGCCGCUCGCGGCUCCAAAGCUCGUCACAGCCAGCGUCACCAAAGGCUCUUCCGAGAUGGAAGCAAGACUCGAUAAGCUCGAGUCCAUGAUGCAUCUACUGUUCGAGAAGUUGACUCCAGCGGUGGUUUCCGGCCAAGUUUCAGACGAGGGAAGCAAUAGUGAACUUAGCUCGUACAAGACGGAGUUGGAGCCCGAGUCUGACUCAGCCCCAAGCCAACCUGAAUUCGACGACAUGUAUUUUGGCCCACUCACCACGUUCUCCUUGUUUUCGUCCAAGGGCCUCAAGUGGCUCACGAGCCAGCUGCCCGAUGCCACCCCGAUGACUGUUCUACGGCAGUAUCUUCAUGAAUUGCAAAUUUCUCACACCAAAACAAAGCCUCCUUGGAGACACCCUCCAGGGACGCUGGAAUGGGACCUUUUUCCGCCACAGGAGGUGAUCACUGUCAUGUUACACGAUAUUCGGCCCUUUUUCGGCGAUUCCUCACCUCUAGAGAUGAACCUCGUCCACCGUUUGUUCCAAAAAUACUUUAACUACAAAAAGGGCCUGAUCCCGGAAUCGGCACUUAGUCAGCCAGAGAUCUUCCUUUUGAGCUGUGUCAUGUUGGUGGCUGCUUCUUUGGUUUCGGAAUUAGUGAGAACCAUUAACAUUAAGUGCUCGUUGUCGCUGUCAGAGCUCCAGGACUUGGGCCAGAAGCUCAAUGACAGCUGUUUGCACCAAACUCUGGCCGUCAGCAUGCUGCCUCCGAAUCUGUUGAUUCUGCAAGGUGUUUGUUUGAUGGUGAUUAUGUUUGAUAUGAACAUGAUCUCCCAUGCCACUGGAAAUCUCACCUCUAUUCUAGUGAGAUGUGCUCAGGAGAUGGGACUUCACCGCGAAGAGACAUACACCCGACUAAGUGAGAGUGCCAGACAACAGCGCAUCGCUCUGUGGUGGAGCUGUUACAUUCUCGACCGCGAACAGUGCAUGAAGUGUGGCAAUCCGCCUGCUAUUAACGACAUGGACGUCACUACCCCUCCAUUACCUGGGUUCGAGGACGUUUGGGCCCUUCCAAACGAAAGAAUGCCCGAUGGCUCGCACAAGAGAGAACAUUACACCGACAAAAUCCGGACCCGUUUAACAAAUCUGCUGGAGAAAGACUGCGCCGACGCCAAUUUCGACGUUUAUUUGGCUUACGAUCUUUCGUGUAUCAUUUCAAGAACAUACAAGGAGCUUUUCUCGGCUACUGCGUUGACAGGAAAAACCAGGGGUCAGGUGGAGGCUACGAUUAGAUCACUGCUCCACGAUCUGGAGUGCUGGAGAAUGUGUUUCCCGGUGCAGAUCCGUCCUGGCCAAGAGCGGAACUACAUCCAGGAGUUCCAGAACUUCAGAGAGGUGAAAAGCCCGACUGAAGGACUGUGUUUGCCGUUCGUGGCCCUGAACUACAACUUGAAAUACUACCUGCUACAGAUUGUGAUUUCCAAAACCAUGUUGAGACUUAACUGGUUCUCUGACAGCAAGCAUACACAUCUAUCUUCCAACAGAGACAAUCAGCAUGUUAAUUUGGAACGGAUCGGACUCAAUGCUAUCAGACAAAGUUUGAGGUCGGCCUAUCAACUGGACAGAAGCGUCCAUACGUACGUUCAGUUUGCCACGUUCUAUUUCCUGUGCGCAUACGUUGCUCUUGUUGCCGAGAUCUUACAGAACCCUAGCUCGCCCGAAGUGGUUGAAGACGUCAAGUUAUUGUUCCGGGUGUCGAAAGAUUACUUCCACGAGCAUGAAGAGUCGCAUCACCCGAUGCCGACGCCCGAAAAAUGGGAGUUUAUGGAUAAAAUAACCAGGUGCCUGUUCUAUAUCGUGUGGUCGUCUGUGCCCAACAUCGACGUCAAGUGCAAUUUGGAUAUUGGCGACCAUAUCGAGGAGUUCACGCAGAUGGAGAUGGAAAUCCGCAGAAAGAAGGGAACCACCUCCAACACCAAUUCGAUCAGCUCGUUGUACGGGCCGCCAACUCCUUCCAGCCGGCUGCCUUUUGAUAAACCUUCCGUGACCCAAAGCACUUCUUUCCAGUCACCAAAUAAAGAGGUUUACGGAGAGCUGCUCAACUCGGUGGUGAACACGCCGUACACCUCGGACGACCAAAUCUUUGACGGGUUCCAGAGCGAUGCGACCAUGUUGCAAAACAUGUUCAGCUUGCCAAACUAUCUGUUUGAUGUGAGUCAGAACAAUUACUUCUCCAACAGCCCGAUCAACCAGCCCGAGAUCUGA